UUAGUUUUUUGAAAUUAUAUAAAAAUGGAAAAUCAAUCAAGCUCUGAUAGAAAUUCUGACACAGCUGAUAAUGACCUCGAAGAAAAGAAGGAAGAACAGAUUGAACGUCCCAUUAAGACCAAGAAGUUGCCAAAGGGAAUGCACUCCUUUGUUGUUUCUGGAACAACUUUCGAACUCGACACUCGUUAUGAAUACAUUAAGUUAAUUGGAAGAGGAGCCUACGGAGUAGUAGUUUCAGCCAAGGACAGAAGAAAAGGUGUCAAGGUCGCAGUCAAGAAAGUUCACAACGCUUUCGAAGAUCUCAUCGAUGCCAAGCGUAUUGUAAGAGAAAUUAAGUUGCUGGCGUUCUUUGACCAUGAAAAUAUUAUUUCCUUGCUCGAUGUCGUCAAGCCAUACGAAGGAAGAACCGGCUUCGAAGACAUCUACAUCAUCAGCGACUUGAUGGAGACAGACAUGCAUCGAGUUGUGUACUCGAGGCAAGAACUCUCGGAUGAGCACAUCCAGUACUUUAUUUACCAGAUCUUGAGAGGAAUUCUCAAUAUGCAUUCGGCCUUGGUCAUCCACAGGGAUUUGAAGCCUUCCAACCUGCUUCUCAAUAAGAACUGUGAUCUGAAAAUUUGAGACCUCGGGCUCUCGAGAGGGUUCGACUGAGACGACACCAUGCUCACUGAGUAUGUCGUCACCAGGUGGUACAGAGCACCUGAAGUGAUCUUGAACGCCUCCGAAUACGACCAUUCCGUCGAUAUUUGGUCCAUCGGUUGAAUUUUCGCAGAAUUGUUAGGAAGGGCCCCUUUGUUGCCUGGAGAUGACUACCUUGACCAGAUCAAAAGAGUUGUUGGAAUUUUAGGGACACCUACUAGCGAAGAGCUAGCUUUCAUCGGCAAUGAACUCGCUGUGAAGUUCGUGAAAUCUCUUCCGAAGCGUAAUAAACAGAGUUGGUCAACAUUGUUCCCAAAAAGUAACCCUGUGGCUCUUGACUUGCUCGGUAAAAUGCUGAGAUUCAACCCUCUUAAAAGGUACAACGUGAAGCAAUGUCUGGCUCAUCCUUACUUUGAACAGCUUCACAACGAGAAGACCGAGCCUCUGUGCAAAGAACAGUUCGACUGGUCUUGGGACAACUUCGAGCCGACAAAGGAGAUUCUGCAGAACAUGGUUUACGAAGAAGCCUUGAGGUUCCACCCUUCUAAGAAGCCCAAAAAGACGAUGAAAGCCAUGGCAAAGUAGGGAGAAGCCGAAGAUAAAUUGAUUUCUAUUAUUAUUCAAUAAAUUG